CCCUCAGCCGCAACAAAAACGAGGCUGAAAUUCGCGGUCAAUCCGAUUUUCUCACGAUUUUAUUUCCCAAAUAACUACUAGGUACCUAGUAACCUACUUGAUUAACUCUACAGUCUCUACUACCUAUCAAGUAAUUCACCUCCCGACUUCAACUCCAGGCCUACCAGCAGCGUUCCUUGUGCUGCCCUUCCUCAACUCAAAUUUAAAGAACAGAAGGAAUCACAAUUACAAUGGCACGAAACUCGGAAAAAGCUCAGUCUAUGCUGUUUCGCUUUCGCGAAGCCCAAGCAGCAGACCUCGGUAUUAUCGAUGCAGGACGAACAAGACGACCCAAGGUUAUCACCGAGGUUGACUCAAUCCCAUCAUGCGAGAAGUGGAGGGGCCAAACCCUCAAGGAGAUUAGCCGAAAAGUGUCUCGCAUUCAAGACUCGGCCCUUAGCGAUUAUCAAAUUCGAGAUCUCAAUGACGAAAUAAACAAACUUAUGCGCGAGAAGCACAUGUGGGAAGUGCAAAUACGCAACUUGGGUGGCCCUAAUUAUAUGCGUGGGGGCGCCAAAAUCUACGACGAGACGGGGAAGGAAAUACCAGGAGGCGGUAAAGGAUAUAGGUAUUUUGGGCGAGCAAAAGAAUUGCCUGGGGUAAAAGAGCUUUUCGAAGCCGCCGCGCAGAAACGAUUGCAGGAUUCCGAGAAGCCAUUAGAAACGCGGGAGGAUUUAAGGAAGACGGUCAACGCAAACUAUUACGGUUAUGCACCCGACGAAGAAGACGAGGCACUACUGCAGUAUGAGGCCGAGAAGGAGCGGGAGGCCCACGAGGCAUUGUUGAAGCAGGGGAAGGCUGAACCCCCUCCAGGAUGGGAACCACUACCUGGCGAUGCAGGAGAUGGCAAGGGCUGGGAGCUACCUACUCUGGAAGAGGUGCAGCAGGAACUCUUAGAAAGGAGAAGGCGCAAGCUACUCGACCAAAUCUAAUAGGCCUUUUGACCUAUUUAUUCCCAUUCUAAUUUUAAUAUCUGGACCUCCUUCGCUCCCAACGUCGGUGUCGAAAAGUAGAAACAUAGAAGAGAGUAUUAUCCACUACAUUUUUUGGUAUCUUACUUAGGUCUUUCGUUACGACUACCGGCAUAUCAUUCGUUUAUAUAUCACAUAUCCGCCAUGUAUCCUACCCAUCAGGACGGCC